AUACAAAACUCCCGCCUCUCACCAAAUUCAGAAACCGUGUUCAUAAGCAGCUUAUGGCUACUUAAAGUCCUGUCAGUUUAUACAACGGAAACUAUUGUGCUUUUUGCAAUGUCUUUUUAGGUCAAAUUGAAAGUGAAAUAAACACUGUCAUUGAAAUUUGUAGAAUCAAUCAUUUUAUUUGCCUCCUAAACUCAUAACGAUUCCAGGUUGCCUGGCAACCGCUAGCAGGACGACAUAGACUAGCACUUUGACAACAGACAUAGAACAGAAUCGCAAGUUUGUCAUGCAGAGAGGAAUGUGUCCUCUUUGCAAGAUUCUUUACAGAUACCUACCUCUGUGCACGUUAAAGUCGAAUGAACUAAGCUCAAGCUGAUAAAAAAUAAUUAGAUUAAUAAUCCUUUACAACAACAUCACCUUCCUGCUACGAUGGAGCUGAAUCAGUCAGCAGAUGAAGAAGAGAAUAUACAUUCCCACUCUGAAGCAAACUCAUUUGAUACAAUCAUUGGAGAAAUUGAAGAUAUUAUCAUGGACGCCAGUUUUCGCACGCUGGAGCGCGAGUUUGUGGAGCGGCACUGCGCGCUGUUCGACCCGGCCUCGGAGGAGAACCGUCUGGAGUGGAUGGGCGUGUUCCGCGAGUACGGCCGUCUGCUGGAGGGUCACCUGGACUCGCAGCUGCGGCAGCGGCUGCCCAGCUUCAGCAUGGACCAGUUCCUGACGCAGCUGGCAGAACGACGAGAGGAGCUUGAUGGCGACAUAUUCGACCUGCUGCUGUCCUUCUCCGACUUCAGCAGCUUCAAGGAGAUGAUGCUCGACUACCGGCGCUUCAAGGACGGCAAUGUGCCCUGCCUGGAUGGCAUCAUCACCUCAGUCCAGCUGCCCGGCUGACCGGAUCAGAGGUGACCUGAGGUCACAGCCGCUGAGGACGGCCCCCUCUGCAGUUGAGGUCAGCACAGCCGCCGAACAGGGCGCUAUUCUGGCAACUGGGACUGUCAAACCCCGUAGUUUCUUAGAUAUAUUUGGCUUUCCUUCAGAGAAUGUGUCUGUAGAUAGCUGCUUCAUGUGACAUUUGCAAAGACGCUUCUUCUCUUUUCACAUUUCAUUCCCCUGUAAUGCAGUGACGUGACUCAAGCUGUUGUCAUUUCGCAUUGUGUUUGGUGUUUCAUUGUUUUCGUCCAUUCAGCCAAUGAACAUUGUCCCUCGUUAGUUUAUUAGCCUACAUUGGAAAUUAGUAUUGCCAUUAUCGCACCAUCCAUUCGGUAGUGCAAUUUCAAGGCGAUGAAUUUCUCAGGCAUACGGGGCCAUUCAGGCGCGUCACCCCUCGCUUCUCGGUGAGAAUUGCGUUAGCACAAUUACUGAUUCGGUUCUCGAACGCUCGUUUUUCGAGCGUUCGAGAACCGACUCUAGACGGUUCUCGAACCGUCGAGAACCGUCUAGUUCUAGUCGAGUUCGUAUGGACGCUUUGUGUCCCCGGUGGGCCGAUUAGCUCGUAAGGCCUGCGAUGGCAACCAGGAUAUGCGUAUUGAUUCUGUGAUACACAGUGCAUUAUUGAGUUCCCAUGGAUCGCAUUAGUUUCUGUGAUGAGGAUUGCAAAGGUGUUCAAUAAAGGUUUUAUUUGUUCGACAACCGAAA